UUGACCGAUUGAAGAACAAGCGCGUUGCUGCAAGCAAGUGCCUGCGAAGAUCGGGCCCAAACAAAUGCUUCUGCGUGUCUUCACACGCGUUAUGAGGCAGAUCAGAUGGUGAACAGACCGCCCUGGCGUGGGCCAGGAGCGCAUAUAAGUACACCUUGCCAGGGCCCAGGACAUCCCUGGCCGGGCACGGUGUUGUAUGGAGCGCUUUCUCCGCAGAGGAGUUCACCAACUAUUACCUUCUGCACAUGCCGGGCGCAGGCUCCCAGGACGGCGCCGGGGAACUCGCGCAGGGCCCCCAGAGCUCGGACAUGGUCACAGGCGCUCUCCUCCUGCUGCCUCUCUGUGACCUCAGACCUCCUGCGGCGCGGAGGGAAAAAUAGCGCUGCGUGCGCUUUUCGGCGGAGGCGCGGCGUCCGAUAGGGGUCUCUUCCGGGCCCCUGGGAGAUCAAAAAACUGCCCGCGGCGAGAGACAAAGUGUUUGGGAUGGAUGCCGAUCUCGCGAAAAAGUGUGCGUCGAAGGUUUGGGUAGAGAAGGUCUCUGCUCGCAGGUGCCUGGGGUUCUUGUCACAGCGACAUGAUCAGCCGCGUCAUCGUGGUGAAGGACAUAGGGGCUGGUGCCAACAACAGCCAGAGCGCCAGCGGCGGCGGAAGGAGAUACAUCACUGCGGGCCGCGACGGCAUGGUCAAGAUUUGGCAUCCGAACCUGACUGUCCACAAAGCCAUUGACGUUGAGCAGGGCAGAAGUUGGCUUGGGUCGUGCUGCUGGAUGACGAAGUCCAGGCGUCUGGCUGUGGCGUCCGCGAACUUCAAGAUAUUUUUCUAUGACAGCAGUUUCGGUGCAGCGCCCAUAGCGCACAUAGUGCACAAAGAGGGCACCCCUCUAUGCAUGGGCUACCUGGACCGCGGGUCCUACGAGAGCGACGGGCGCGACCGGGAGAUCCUCAUGGUGGGUGACAACAACGGCUGCGUGACCAUAUACCAGUUUGACGAUAAUUGGACGGAGCAGGCUAGCAACAACGAAGAGCUCUACUUCAAAGAGAAGCGGGAAAGGAGGCCAGACCAGGUGGCAACUUCCGCCGAUCGAGACAGGGAUAAAGCGAACUACCUCGGGAUAAAGUCACGCACGAAGUACCACACUGGGCGGGCGAAUUGGGUCACCAAGGUUGAAUACGUGCCCGAGCUGCAGGCCAUGGUCACCUGUGGCCUCGACGGCGAAAUCAACAUGUGCGACAUCAACAUCAACAACCGCAAGAGCGGCCGCGAAGGCGAUGACAAGCCUGGCCCCCCUGUCCGCCUGCACAAGAAGGGGCUCUACUGCUUCUGCUGGUGCAAGAAACACAAAUUCUUCGCCUCGGCCGGAUUGGACAGGCAGAUCGUCAUCUGGAAUGGGUUCACACAGAAGGCGAUGAAUCACCUUAUCGGGCAUAAUGCCCCUGUCAUAGAGAUUCUCUGCAACGAGGCACAGUCACAGCUGAUCUCCAUGUCCAUCGACAAGGUCGUCAAAGUGUGGGAUAUCAGGAAUUAUCGUUGCAUCCAGACCUUCACGGAUAAGACUGAAUACAGGCCAGAAGAUAGUCUUACUUGCAUGGCGUUUGACGAGGAGGCAUCAAAUCUUCUGAUGUGUUCCAGUGCCUUGAACGUGUUGCCUCUUCACAUGAAAGCAGAGGCCAGCCGGACACAUGUUGCUCCGAUCGUCGGGGUGCUAUACAACGACGUGUUUCAACAGAUCAUAUCUGGAGACAGUAUCGGAAGCAUCUGCGUUUGGGAUGCACGCACGGGUACGUUGCAGUUCGACUUCAAGCGUGCCCACCGGGACAGUAAGCUCACAUGCAUGACAUUCGACGAGUCAAAGCGGAGAUUAUACACUGGCGGCGAGGAUGGUAUCGUUAAGUUGUGGAAUUUCUCGUCUGGUCAGCUCUUGCAGUCGUAUACGAUGCCGCAGCCUUCAGAACUCACAGGUCUGCUGUGGGCUCGCGAGGGGCCGAAUACUUUUGUGGUGGGUCUCGCUUGGGACCGGCGCAUUUAUGUUUGGCCAGACAGCAGAAAGCAGACCGUGGAGGCGCAGUACAUUCUCGAAGACAGCAGCGGCCUUGGCCACACAGACGACAUCACCUGCAUCUCCCGCCUAUCCUCCAAUACAGGGCUGCUGGCUACAGGCGGCGACGAUGGAUACGUGGUGUAUUGGAAAAUCCAGGAGUCGUCAUCUGGCAUGAAGUACCGGCUGAGCGACAAGAUCACGCCCUCGUCUCAGCAGGUCAGCGGCACCCCAGAAGGGGUGGCGCGAGGCAGCCUUCUGAGAAGGCAAGCCGGCGACAAGGACGCCGGCAUGUCGGAAUCCGCCACGGCGGGCGCGUGGGCACACCCCGCGUCGGCCAACGCGUCGGCAUCCGCCACCGCCAGGAGCCGCGCCUCUCACGCCUUCGGCGUCACGGGCGAUGCCGCCCUCCCCGGCGCCGCGUGGUUCCCGGGGUUGGACCCGCUCGUCGGCGAGGACGAGGUCGCGGACGAGCAGUUCCCCGGAGUCGAGAAGAUGAUCGUCCUCGAGCACAAGGGGUGCCUCCUGUCAUGCCACACGGACCGCGUCGUGCGCCUCUGGUCCAUCAAGCUGUCCAGCUUCCUUGCGCGGCUGGAGCUGCUCGGGCCCGCGCCGCAGGCGGCCCCUGGGCGGGCGGCGCAGCCCCCCGCCUCCGCGCGGGAGCCCGCGUCGCAGGCUGGGCGGGCCGAGGGCGUGCUAGAGGGCAUCGCCACGGCCCCCGCCACGGCUAGGGUGCGCCGCCGGGACCCCGACGUCGCCGCCCUUCCAGCCGGGCUGGCCAGGU